AUGACCAAAAAUGUGGGUGGGGACAACCCUUUUUCUCAGCCUUCUGGGUUUACCGGUUGGAGUGUUCCUCAAGAGAGUAAUUGUAGUUGGGCCCGGGAGGAGCCGUGUUCUCAAUCUAAUUUAAGACGGACUGCCAUUCGUGAGGUUUAUGACGAGGGUUUGAAUCAGGCUGAGAGAGAGCGUUGUUAUGCCCUACAUCAUCUGCGGGCUCGAAUGAUACGGGAAAUGAGGUCUCGCGAGCAUCCUAUUCAGGCUUCUGAGCCUGCUUUAGAUGUUUCUCCCCUUUCGGUGCGGUAUUAUAUUCGUGAUUACCGGGAAUUCUUGAAUUCCACCGGCAGUGGCCACGGGCAGUAUGGAACUAAUACUGGCAACUUCGGUGUUUCUUUUGGUCAGGCUAAUAGGAUGGCUUCCGAACAACCGGCUAGCACUAGUGGCCGCCGCCCUGGUAAAGAGCCUGUUAAUGAUGAUAUUGAUAUGGCUACCGGCGAAUACUCCGAUGGUGACUCCAUCUUUGAGGAUUCCGCCGGCAAGGAUGUUGAUGCUCAUGGGGGUGAUGAUGGUGAAGAUGCUGGCGUUUCUGGUAGGGAUGACGCAGACAUUGGAGACGACGGUAUUGGUUCAGAUGAUGACGAUCCGGCCGACGUGAUAGUCGCUGAAGUUCUUGCGGAUGAGGCUAAAGAACAGCCUUAUUUUACCGACGACUCCACGGAUGUUCAUAGGAAAGAAGAACUCCCUCCUUUAAAAAGUCUUCCUCGUACAACCGCGAUUUUGACGUCUUGGCGCGAUCUGAUCAUAAAGAAGAAUCAUGUGGUUCAUGGAGGGACUUUUCUUGGAUUGCCGGCUGGAUAUAAGCUGGUAGUGCCGGAUGAAGGUGCAACUAUAUUCGACUGUCCUCCCGGCCAUAUUGCUGUGUAUGCGAAGCAUUUCGAUUUUGGGCUUCGCUUUCCUCUGCACCCCUUUGUUGAGAAAAUAUUCCGGGCUUGGAACGUCUGCUUGGCCCAAGUUACCCCUACUACCAUCAGAACUGUUAUCUCAUAUGUCUGGUUGUGUUUGUUUAAACAAUGGCCGCUGACGUUGAAUUUGUUCAAGCGGCUGUUAUGGUUGAAGAAGGAUGGAGAGACGGGGUGGAUGUCGGCGUAUAGCGCAACGAAGAGAAAGACUGUGCAUCCUCCUUUGUCGAGCUGUAAAGAUUGGCAGGAUCGCUUUUACUUCGUUCAAGUUCCUGACGGCUUUUUGCUCCGACGGACAUUUUCUAAACCCCGGCCUCGAAUGGAGCAGUAUGACCAACGUGGUUUGGGCCGGCGGGAGAGAAAGGCUUUUGAUUAUUUGGCGUGUGACAUUUUAGAUGUCGGCCUCAGCAAAAAACAGGCUGUUAAUCGAAAUUGGCUCCCUAAUGCCUAUUAUAUUUUGGGUAAUCAGCCCUUGUCCGCUGUCGGCCUUUGCAACACCCACUGCUUUGCCGUUGUCUUUGCAGGUACUAGACCAUUGGAUAGAGAAAUUCUCGGAUUUGACGAGAAUUGGAGACCUGUGUGUACGCAGCCUCCGCCGCCUAAGGGAAAGUACGACACCAUAUCAACGUAUUCGACCCGAGCUUCAUCUCGUCGCUCUACUGCCACUGUUGCAAAGAAUCGUGUGAGUGCUGCCUGCAAAUCCAAAUCCUCCUCUGUCGUUGUUUCUCAAGCUCCGCCUUCAUCCACAAUGCAAUCCAAUCCAACAGGCCGAGGUGGAACCCGCCGAAAAAGUUCGUCUCUUAAUUCCAGUCGGUCUAAUCCGACUAAGAGGGCAAGGGCCACUGGUGAGGAUGAUGCUUACGCCGAUCACGAGGCAAAUGAGCAGGUCUUGGAGUCUGCCGCCAAGAAAACUACUGAUACCGCCCUUCAGGCGCAGCCGUCUCCACCAGCUUCUAUUGAGAUUUUGGACGAGGGUCUUGUCGGCGGUUUUAUUGAGGACUUGCACCGGCAAGCUACUGUUACCGGUGGUAACUCUAGUAUGCCUCCCGUCAGUCGCAGCGAGAACAAGUCUGGUGAUUCUCGAAUGAAUUAUCAUCUGCCGCUUCGUACCGGCGGUUGGAUUAAGGAUACCCCCUUUAAGAUCCCGGAAGCAAUGAAAUCAUGGUUCGGGUCUUUUGGCGGCGAACCCACCGAUCAGUUCUACCCAAACAUUGAUCUGCUGUGUGGGGAGUCGGUGGCGACGGAUUCUGCUAAGGACGGUGGGGAUUUGGGCUACCGUGCUUUUCGGGAUCUGGUUACUCCUGCUGACAGGCCACAGGGCCAGAUUGACGCCCCUGCUGCUCAGCAUUUCAACGAUUUGUACAAGGCUGUUCAAUCCAGCAUGGAUUUGUACUAUGUCUAUCGUUGGAACCAGAUGCAGCUGACGCAGAAUAACAUUGAUAUUGCCGAGCUGAAGAAGCGGGCUGAGGCGGCUGAAUCUGCUUUGAAGAUUAAUGAGAAGAAGUUGGAGAGUGCUUCUUCGAAUUUGGAGGCGGCGAACCGAAGGCUGGAAGAGGUUGAGCCGAAGCUGAAGGCUGAAACUGAGAGGGCAGACGGUCUGACUGAGGAGCUGACUGGUCUUAACCAGAGUUUGCCUGUGGUGAAGAAGACUGCCGCCAAGAGGGCUGUUGAUAAGCUUCUCCAGUCUGACUGGUUUAAUGAUAUUCUUACUCUGCGCCAUAACGGUGGUUGGUGCGCUGCUCAUCGGGUCGUUUGCCAUGUGAAGAAGCUGGAUGAGGAUGCGUGGCAAGAAUUUGAGGCUGGGUAUGAGGAGAAGGAGCUGUACAAGGUUGCUACCGGCUUUGAGCCUCAGGAGCUACCCGAGGCUGUGAUUUGCAAUGCCAAUCAAAGAACCUUGCCCCCCUUGCAAGUUCCAGAAGAUGCCUACUGGUCUGGUGAUGAGCGUGCCGUUUGACGGUCUUGGCAGUCAUCACCCUCCUCUUCUUGCGGAUCCUCUACUUUUCCCAGCCGGCCUCGUACAUGUUAGGGUUUUUUAGCUUAGGCGGUUGGCUUUUGACUUUUUGCCAGAUGCUGUUAGGGCACUUAUUGUUGAUGUAACAUAUCUUAGAACACCGUUUUAUUGUAGGGGUGUCGGUUUUAAUCGACAUCUUUUGUGCCUUGUGAUCAGCUAAUCACUUCGCAAGAUUUUUUGGUGAUGGCUGUCGGUUUUUAGUGUUUUUUCUGCUGUAAUCAUGCAUUUAUAACAAGUAGUUUUUUGAUUGUAUGUUUACUUCGU